AUGAAGGUGAUGGGGUUGUUGCUCGGAGAGUUUCCCGACGAGUACAGAAUCGACGUCGUCGACACCAUUGAAAUGCCGCAGAGUGGUACCGCCGUAAGUGUGGAAGCCAUUGAUGACGCCUUCCAGACGAAGAUGCUCGACAUGCUUAAGCAGCCUGGACGGGCAGAGCAGGUUGUAGGGUGGUACCAUUCACAUCCUGGGUUUGGCUGCUGGUUAUCUUCUGUGGAUAUGAACACCCAACAGAGCUUUGAAGCUUUGCAUCCGCGUGCGGUGGCGGUGGUGGUGGAUCCAAUUCAGAGCGUGAAGGGGAAAGUGGUGAUGGAUGCCUUCCGCCUCAUCAACCCACAAACCAUAAUGCUUGGCCAAGAACCAAGGCAGACAACAUCCAAUCUGGGGCAUCUUAAUAAGCCAUCCAUCCAAGGAUUGAUCCAUGGGUUGAACAGGCAUUAUUACUCCAUAGCUGUGGAUUUCAGUAGGAAUGAACUUGAGGAGAAAAUGCUGCUUAGCCUUCGUCAGAAGAAGAAAUUGACUGAUGGGCUGAUGCUCAAGCCAUUUGAUGCCCAUUCAAAAACAAAUGAGCAAACUAUUCAGGAAAUGUAA